CAUGUGACACAUUUUACAGAAUGGCUCUCGUACUUCUCUUUUCCGCUUUUCUGUUGUGUCCAUUUCACACAAAAGGGUCCAGUACUGUGCCUACUCUGUAUGUGCAGCAGGGAAACGAUGCACUUCUGGAUGUCAAGACUGCUGUUCAACUCAACAAAAAGACAGAUUUUUUCUGGAAAUUUAAUAAAACUUACAAUGUAGGAAAAUUAGCUUAUAAAGUGGAUCCAAUCAUCUUUGACAUGUAUGAGGGAAGGGUUAAGAUUUUUGCACAAAAUCACUCUUUGCUACUCAAGAAUCUACAAACAAACGACAGUGGCUAUUAUACUGCAGUAGAGUCUGCGGGAAAAGACCAAAUGGUAGCUGAAUACAAGCUCAUUGUCCAAAAGCCUGUGUCUCCAGUUUAUUUGAAAGUGAACUCCAGCAACUCUUGCAACCUUACUGUGACUUGCAGGCCAAAGGGCUCCAACAUUAGCAAGACUUUUAGAUGUGACGAACAGUCCUGCUCUCAGGAGGGAGGAGAGGAAGCCACAACCUACACUGCGUCUAUUAAUGUGUACCUGCAACAAAGCGUUGUCAUCUGUAACCAUAGUAACCAAGUGAGCUGGAAACACAAAGGGGAGAAGAUUAGUUUUCUCUGUGGGCCACAUCCAGUUCCUAAUAAAACCACCAUCAUUUCAGCUGUGACUGCUGUUGUGAUUGUUGGACUGAUUGCCUCUGUUUGCAUCAUCAGAAAAUGUAGAAGAAAGAACCGCCAAAAUACAGUAUAUGCAGUUCCUCAGAGCAUCAGUCCAGCACAAACUCAGAGUCAGAGUCCUACAGAAGAUGCUUCAGGUUGUUCUCCAACCUCCACCUAUGCGUUGGUGAAGUUUCACACCACACCUGUGGAAUCCACUGGGUACAAAACCACCAACUUGCCAGAGACUGUGUAUGCUGAGGUCAAAAGAGCUAACAAAUCCAACGCCAGAUCCCCCCCCAAGCAAACAACGCCUAAAGCUGAUGAAACGAUGAUAUAGGACUAUACCGCUGGAUGCUUAGACUGCAUUUUGGCUCAGCGAGGGUACAUAUACAUAUGUGUGUGUGUGUGUACAUAUGUAUAUAUGUGUAUGUGUGUGUGUGUGUGUGUGUG